CUCCUGUACAGUCAGCAUCCACAAUGGAAAUAAAUCUUACUGUUAAAAAUCCUGAUAUAGUGUUUGUGGCUGAUUUAACUCGAAAAGAUGCUUCUGCAUUGGUAGCCACAGCACAGUGUGAAAUCUCCAUAAAAAGUGGACCUGGAAUGUAUAAAAUGACAGCUGUUGUCGAAGAUAUAAAUGUGAAAGCUUGUCCAUUUUUUCCAGCUCUGAGGGAAGGAAAUAUUACCACGGUAUUACAACCAUGUGAUCUUUUCUUUAAUAUGAUGCAGUCAGGUGAAGAACCGCAGAAAGCUGAGCUGUCAAUAAAAUCCCUAACUAUUAAGGUAUCACCUAUUAUCAUAAAUACAGUUAUAACUAUCACAUCAGCACUUUUCCCAACCAAAGAGAAUGGAGAAAAAGAUCUUAGCCCAGUACCACCAGAUCUUUGGGAUCAGAAGAAUAUUAAAAAUCUAAAUAUGUGGUUUCUUGAAGAGUCCGUUGAAAACAAAAAUCCUGUUUCUGUAGCUGAGUUGAUUCCUACAGGAGAGUCAUUAACAAUGAAAAUUGAAACUGUUGUUAUAACUCUUGAAGCUGGAGUUGGUCACAAAACAGUACCAAUGCUUUCAGCAAAAUCCUCACUUUCUGGAGAAGUAAAAAAUUGGAGUAGUCUAAUCAAUCUCUCAUCACGUCUUGAACUAGAGGUACACUAUUUCAAUGAAAUGUUUGGUGUUUGGGAACCAUUACUUGAGCCUCUAGAAGUAGAAAACACUGAGGAAUUCAGACCAUGGAUUCUAGAAUUAAAGAUGAAAAAGAAAAACAAAAAAGCCUUCGUUGAAUCAGUGGCAGAAGAAGAACACUAUAAAGUGCCAGAAUAUAAAACAGUAAUAACUAUUUAUUCUCAAAAUCAGCUGAACAUUACAUUAUCUAAAUGUGGGCUAUUAAUGUUGAGUAAUCUAGGCACGGCAUUUGCAGAAGCAGCUACCGAGGCUUCAGAAACAUUCAAAAAAGAUAGGGCCCCUUUUGUAUUAAUAAAUUCCUUAGGAGUUUCCACCACUGUUUUGCCUAGUGAAUCCUUCAGUGUUCUUAAUAUUGAAUCAAAAGCAAAUUCAUUUCAUCUUGAAGAUGGACAAAGUCUAAAUAUGGAAUAUAUCAGAACCAAAAGUGAGCAAGACCAGUUCACAGCAAUGACCACUCUAAGCAGCAAGGUAUUCUACAUUUGGCUCACUCCUCAGAAUCAUUCUACUACUGACAAGAUCCCAUUGACAAAAGUGGGUCGGAGUUUGUACAGAGUUAGACAUAAUGAUUCAGGUGUUGUAAGAUCUAUUGUUUGUCAAAUUGAUACUGUUGAUGGAAGCAAGAUAGUAACCGUACAUUCUCCAAUUCAGAUAAAGAAUCAUUUUUCAAUUCCUUUGAGUAUAUUUGAAGAUGGAAAAUGUUUAGGAGUAGCACUACCAGAUAAUGAAUUUAACAUACCAUUAACUUCUUAUAGGUCAUUACUGUUUUUUCGACCAGUAAUUGAUGAAAAUGAAACUUCUGGAGAAUAUGAAUCCAGUGAAGGUGUUAGCUUUGAUGAAAUGGUGAAGAAUUUUGACAAAUUGCUACAGAAGAAAUGCCGGUCUUUCAAAUCACCUAAUCACCCACUUAUUAUCAAUAUUGUUCCAAUGCAAGAUACUUUGAUUUCUUCAACACAUACAGAUGAUCAGUGGGAUUUACCAUAUGUUGUUCAUUUGUGGUCGUCUGUUAUUCUCCGCAAUCUACUGCCAUAUCAGAUUGCCUAUUCUUUAGAGGGGUAUAGUACCACAUGCGCUACUCUAGAAGCUGGAUGUUCUGCUCAGAUUCAUAAUGCAUUACUGGAUCAGAGCAAGUUGGAAUUGCAUUUACUUAAUUAUCUUGAUAAAGAUUGGACUACUGAGUACUGCAUCCAGUCAAAUCAACAAGAAAUUAGUUUCAUCACAUUUUCAUCCAUUAAUGACCUGGAUAGAACAGAUUUGGAUAUAGCUAUCCAUGUGACAUAUGCUACAGGACAAGUGAUUCUAGCAAUUCACAGUCCCUAUUGGAUGGUAAACAAGACCGAUCGAAUGUUACAAUAUAAAGCUGAUGGUAUUCACCGCAAACAUCCACCUGACUACAAGUUGCCGCUUCUCUUUUCUUUCCAGCCUAAACACUUUUACCAUGAUAACAAGGUUCAGCUCAUGGUGACAGAAAGUGACCUUUCUGAUCAUUUUUCCUUGGAUACAGUUGGGAGUCAUGGCUUUGUAAAAUGUAAAAGUCACAAAAAGGAAUACCAGGUUGGUGUCACUAUACAUAACAGCAGCUUUAAUAUCACUAGAAUAGUGACUUUCACACCUUUUUACAUGCUCACAAAUAGAAGUACACACAUUUUAGAAGUUGCAGAAGAAGGCAAUGAAAAUUGGAUACCAAUACUUUUCCAACAGUGUAUUCCAUUUUGGCCUGAGAAUAAUGACAGCAAGUUACAGGUUAGAGUAAAAGAUUCUUACAUUCCACCCAACAUUAUACGACUUGAUAAACAAGAAAAUUGCUUAUUACUUCACUUAGAUAACAAGCUUGGUGGCAUUAUUGUGGAUAUUACGCUGGCUGAACAUUCAACAACAAUUACAUUCUCUAAUUACCAUGAUGGUGCAGCCCCAUUCCUGAUAAUUAAUCAUACCAAAGAAGAAGUGAUCGAAUAUGGACAAAGUUCUCUCAUUACAAUGGAAGAAACUUUAGAACCAAAUAAAGCAGUACUGUAUACAUGGGCAGAUCCUGUAGGUUCUAGAAAACUGAAAUGGAAAUGUGGAAAGAACAGUGACGAAAUAACUCAAAAAGAUGAUCUGAUGACACCAUUUCAGGUGGGAGCCAAGCACAUUUUUAUAGCUUCAUUUUUUGAAGGUUUGCAGCGUAUAAUCUUAUUCACUGAAGAUGAAAAUGUUUUCAAAAUGACAUAUGAAAGUGAAAAAGUGGAAUUAGCAGAACAAGAAAUAAUUGUGUCAUUGCAAGAUGUUGGAAUUUCUUUAGUAAAUAACUAUUCAAGGCAGGAAAUUGCUUACAUUGGAAUCACAAGCUCUGAUAUAAUUUGGGAGACAAAACCCAAGAAAAAGUCAAGAUGGAAGCCACUAAGCGUGAAGCAAACUGACAAGCUGGAGAAAGAGUUUGUUGAAUACUGUGAUAACUCACCUACAGAAAAUAAAAUAGUGGAACUUGAUGAUAACAUUCCGCAGGUCUGUUUGACUCCUACUGGUAAUAACAUGAAAAUAUUGCAGCCAUAUGAAUUUCCUGUGAGAAGAAGCUUUUUGCCAGCUUUAAAAGUACAAUACAGUACCUCUGAACAUCAGUCUUCUUUCAGAGUUCAAAUCUAUAGAAUACAGAUACAAAAUCAGAUUCCUGGAGCCAUAUUUCCUUUUGUGUUCUAUCCCAUUAAACCUCCCAAGUCCAUCUCAUUGGAUUCAGAACCCAAGCCAUUUACUGAUGUCAGUAUUGUGAUGAGAACUGCAGGACAUUCUCAAAUAUCACGCAUAAAGUAUUUUAAAGUUUUAAUUCAAGAGAUGGAUCUCCGAUUAGAUCUUGGUUUCCUUACUGCGCUGUCUGAGUUUUUUACACAUGUUGAUGAACUUCCCAAAGACCAAGAGAUUGAACUUUUUAAAAAGGAUGUAGAAUCUGCACAGGAAGAAUUAAAGAAUGCAGUAUCAACUGACACAUCACAAAUCAGUUUAUAUGAAUAUUUUCAUAUCUCUCCAAUCAAGGUAGCCUCAAUGUAACAUUUGUUUGUUUAAAUAGAGUUAGCAAUAAGUAUUAAGCAAGAAUGAAUGC